GAACAUAGGGCAGAGAGGAGAGAAAGAGGGCGGGAGUGGAAGCAGAGAGCUGAAGCUCAGGGGCCCAGGAUGGUGGGAAGAUGGAGGACGUGGCGGUGAAACAGGGCUUCCUGUACCUUCAGCAGCAGCAGACUUUUGGGAAGAAAUGGCGCCGGUUCGGGGCGGCGCUGUACGGAGGGUCGGGCUGCGCCCUGGCCCGGCUGGAGCUCCAGGAGGGCCCGGAGAAGCCUCGCCGGGGAGAGGCGCCCCGGAGGGUGAUCCGCCUCAGUGACUGCCUGCGGGUGGCUGAGGCCGGAGGGGAGGUCAGCAGCCCCCGGGACACCAGCACCUUCUUCCUGGAGACGGCGGAGCGCCUGUACCUGCUGGCGGCCCCCACUGCGGAGCGGGGUGACUGGAUACAGGCCAUCUGCCUCCUGGCCUUCCCCGGCCAGAGGAAGGAGCUGGAGGGGAAGGGCGGCCGGCCCCGCAUGGAGGAGAAUGAAUUGUACAGCAGUGCGACCACAGGGGCCCCCCGCAAGGAGUUUGCUGUGACCAUGAGACCCACAGAAGCCAGUGAGAGGUGCCGGCUCUGGGGAUCCUACACCCUCCGGGCCGGGGAGAGUGCCCUGGAGCUGUGGGGCGGCCCUGAGUCGGGCACGCAGCUGUGUGAAUGGCCCUACAGGUUCCUGCGGCGCUUUGGGCGGGACAAGGUAACCUUCUCCUUUGAGGCAGGCCGGCGCUGCACCUCAGGGGAGGGCAACUUUGAGUUUGAAACCCGGCAAGGCAAUGAGAUCUUCCUGGCCUUGGAAGAGGCCAUCUCUGCCCAGAAGAACGCCUCCCCUCCUGGGCCCCCAACCCAGCCAGCCCCCGUCCCUGCGGUGCUGCCCCGGCCGGAGAGCCCCUACUCCCGACCCCACGACUCACUCCCACCACUGUCGCCCACCGUCCGGGUUCCCGCGCCCCGGCAGCAGCGGGGCCCGGAGGGGGAGUACGCCGUGCCCUUCGAUGCGGUGGCACGGCACCUGGGGAAGGCCUUGAGGGGCAUCCUGGCCGUCCCUCCCCAGACCCCGGCUGACCCUCUGUACGACAGCAUUGAGGAGCAGCCGCCCUCCCGACACGACCACAUAUACGAUGAGCCCGAGGGGGUGGCCGCCCUGUCCCUGUAUGACAGCCCGCAGGAGCUCCGGGGUGAGGCCUGGAGGAGGCAAGCCGCAGCUGACAGGGACCCCAGCGGCCUCCAGCAUGUCUACCCAGCGGGACAGGACUUUGCUGCCUCUGGCUGGCCACAGGGGACCGAGUAUGACAAUGUCAUGGUACUUAAGAAAGGCCCAAAGUGAUGGAGGGUGGAGGAGACGCGGAUUCCAUCAACCACCAGCGCUGAAGUGGUCCUGUGCAUGCUGGGCCGCGCUUGGAGGCCGGUGAGAAGGAGCCGGGGCCAGGUGGGCCUCCCCUUCUAGCUUCUGCUGGCGACUCCUCCUGGCCACCGCAUCCCAGGAACCUCCCUCCGCUCCUUCCAGAACCCUAGGCUUGGCCGCCUUAGUCUGGCCUGAGGAGUUGUCCCUCCCAGGGCCAGCUGGGUGAGUCACCAUCCCAAAGCAGGAAGAGUGCCCUGAAGAGACCCACACUUCUCCUACCCCUUUUCCACUUCCUCUUCCCCCCCGCCCCCCACCGGCCUAAAUGGAACCUCCAGAUUUAGGGCAGAGGACAAAAGGAUGUCAGCAAGUUGCCCUGGUUCCUUGGCUUGUGCAGGCCACCUGCCUGCUGGUGUCCCCUUCCGGGGACAGCCGUGGCUCCGGGCAGCCUGGAGGAUGGCUGUAGCUUCCUGCAGGUUUUGGACUUCUCUGUGGCAUUAAACAUUUCUGAAA